AUGACCAAGUUCCUGGUGACUCCAAACCAGACCAUCCUGGGGGCGGCGAUCGCGGCCCUAGGCCGUGGCGAGCAGACUCAGGAAGCAUUGCAGCUGCUCGAGGAGAGCGUCGUGGCGAGAAUGCAGUCAAGUCAGAUCAGCUACAACUCUGCAAUCACCGCCUGCCAGCGAAGAGGACACUGGCAGAUGUCACUCCAUCUGCUCGCAGCAAUGCCAUCUGUAGGGCUCCUGCCGGAUCUCAUCUCCUUCAACGCUUCCAUGAGCUCCUGCGAACGAGGAGGGCAAUGGCAGAUGGCUCUGCAGCUGUUUUCAGAUCUCCGGAGCGUUUCGCAGGCUCCCGAUGUUAUUAGCUUCAAUGCUGCCAUCAGCUCCUGUGAGAAGGUGGGACACUGGCAAAUGGCUCUUUGCCUUUUCUCCGACCUGCCUGCAGCCAAGCUGCUUCCUGAUGAAGUGACUUUCGGAGCUGCGGUGAGUGCCUGUGAAAAAGCCAGCGAGUGGAGCAUGGCUCUGCAUCUGCUGGCGAUGAUGAAGUGGGAGACAAAUGCUGACCUGAACCUGACAAGCUUUGGUGCUGCUAUCAGUGCCUGCGAACGUAGUGGGCGCUGGCCGGCUGUGCUGCUACUACUGGCCGACAUGAAAGAAGUUCAGCUGCUUCCGAACGAGCUGUGCUUCAGUGCGGCCAUAUCCACCUGCAAGAGGGGCCGGCAGUGGCAGCUUGCGCUACACCUCUUAUCACUGAUGCAAUCUCCGAACGUGAUCAGCUGCAGUGCAGCCAUCGAGGCUUGUGAGGCUGCUUGUCAGAGCCGACGACUUGUGCAGCUGUUGGCAGGCCUCCAGACAGCUCUUUCCUUUCCGCUCAACCCGGCCAGCCAAUCCCGACUUUCAGGUACUUAA